AUGGACGUGCAGGAGGCCGCCCCGGCCGCCCCCGGUGCCGGCAGCGACGGCACCAUGGACACGGACACGGAGCAGGAGAGGCCCGCGGCGGGACCCGCUGUCCCACGGCYGCACCGACCCCCCGGCAGCCCCGCGCGGGACUGGCCUCUGCCCAGCACCGAGCAGAGGGACCCGGCGCCGCCGCCAGCCCCCGCGGGCAACGCGCGAGCGGAGCCUCCUUGGGAUGCGGGAGGAGACGCGGAGGAGGCCGGCUGGACGCCGCGCACAGGGAGCCCCCCGCAGCACACGAGGCCGCCCCGCAGCCUGGGAGCCAUGGAGCUGGAUGAGGAGCACGCGGAGGACAAGCUCUCGGAUGAGGCGCGUGCGGAGGAUGAGCCCUCGGAUGAGGAGCACGUGGAGGAUGAGCCCUUGGAUGUGGAGGAUGAGCUCUCAGAUGAGGAGCACGUGGAGGACGAGCCGUCGGAGAUGCAGGGCCUGCUGGCCCGGCUGCGCCACCUCGCCGUGCCCGGAGCUGGGAGCGCCGCCUCGGAGCGGGGAGCGCGGAGCGCGCGGGGCCGCCGGUCCUGCCGUGGCGAGUGCCGGCCCUGCCCGCUGCACGUGGCCACRGGCAGGGGCCUGGAGCCGCGGCCCUGCUGCGCCCGCCGCCCCGCCUGCUCCUCCGCCUGCUCCCGGCCCUCUCACGGGCUGCUCUUUGCCGAGGCCGACCGGGAGGACCUGCUGGGCCUCCUGCGCGGGGACGGGGUGCUGCCYGAGGCCCCUGCCGAGACGCCCCUGGCGCGCUCCGACCUCCUGGCCGGCACCAGCCUGGAGAUGCUGUGGGCUCGGGAGGAACCGGCUGCUCUGGAUGCGCCUGAAGCGCUGGGCGGGCCGGGGAGCUCGGACGAGGGGUGUCCUGGGGACUGCUGCUGCGGAGAGGGGCCCUGCGAGGCCGGCACUGCCUGCGAGGACRACCAGGACGGCUCCCUGGAGCCCGCGGGGGCAGCCCCGGCCCCUGCACGGGAGGCAGAGCGGCUGCCCCACGGCAGCCCAUCCGCUCUCACCCACCCUCCUCUUGCUUUGCAGAAUAAGGAAUCUGGCUUCUCCUAUCCAGCCUUCAAAGAUGUCCCAGGCCCCUGCGACCCAGAGGAUCUCCUGGACGGUGUGAUCUUCGGGGCAAAGUAUCUGGGCUCCACGCAGCUCGUGUCAGAGAGAAACCCCCCCACAAGCGUCCGCAUGGCACAGGCCCAAGAGGCCGUGGACAGGAUCAAGGCACCCGACGGGGAGUCCCAGCCCAUGACGGGAGUGGACUUGUUUGUCUCCACGCAGAGGAUCAAGGUGCUCACGGCYGACACGCAGGAGGCCAUGAUGGAUCACUCCCUGCAGACCAUCUCCUACAUCGCCGACAUCGGCUCCCUCGUGGUGCUCAUGGCGCGGCGGAAGCUGCCCCGGCGAGCGGAGGCGGCGGAGGAGAAGCGGCUCUACAAGAUGAUCUGCCACGUCUUCCACUCGGCUGACGCGCAGGUCAUCGCGCAGGCCAUCGGGCAGGCCUUUGGUGUCGCSUACCAGCGCUUCCUGGAGGCCAACAGCAUCAACCCGAGCGAGCUGAGCCCUCGGCAGUACAGCCGUGCCCUGGAGGACCAGGAGCACUACAACGCGGAGCUCACCCACUUCUCCAGGCAGGAGAACUGCAAGGAUGUCUGUAUCCGGAAGCAAAAGGGGGAGAUCUUGGGCAUUGCCAUCGUGGAGUCGGGCUGGGGCUCCAUCGUGCCCACCGUGGUCAUCGCCAACCUCAUGCACGGGGGUCCYGCGGAGAAGUCGGGCGAGCUGAGCAUCGGGGACCGCCUCAUGUCCGUCAACGGGACAAGCCUGGUGGGGCUGCCCCUCGCCACCUGCCAGGGCAUCAUCCGGGAGCUGAAGCACCGGACGGAGGUGACCCUGAACAUAGUGCACUGUCCCCCUGUCACUACAGCCGUUAUCCGGCGUCCCGACUCCAAGUACCAGCUGGGCUUCUGCGUGGAGAAUGGCGUGAUCUGCAGCCUGAUGCGUGGCGGCAUCGCGGAAAAAGGUGGCAUCCGCGUGGGGCACCGCAUCAUCGAGAUCAACGGGCAGAGCGUGGUGGCAACGCCGCACGAGAAGAUCAUCCAGAUCCUCACAGAGGCCGUCAGCGAGGUGCACAUCAAGACGAUGCCAGCCUCCACGUACCGCCUGCUGACGGGGCAGGAGCAGCCCCUGUUCCUGUGAGCCGCUGCCGGGGUGCCCCGAGGGAGCGCGGGGCGCAGGGCAGC